AGGAAGUGCUUGCAGCACGACAACACCGCAACGGCCUGCCAACGGUUUCUGCUUCUAUGUUUUGGUCAUCGGCAGCUGGACCAUGAAAGCAUCGGCGCUGUCCGUCGAGUCAACAGUAGUGUGCUCGUAGAGUUUUGAGCAUCGCUUUUUCAACUGUUGCAUUGUGCUACUGAUGAAAUGGGGAAGAAACGCUUGGCUAUUACUUAUCCAGGAUAUGAGCCAGAGUACGCUCGAACAAACUCGGUGCCAAAAAAGCGUUUGGCCAUUACUUAUCCCGGUCAUGAGCUGAAUACAAAGCUGGCGACGAAAAAAUGCUCCCGAGACAUCUACCGCCAUAGAGAAACAACCUCAUCAUUGGAAUGUGUAGACCGGCAGUGGUUGUGUAUGAACAGUUUUUGGCAGGCCAAGUGGAGUACGAUUCCAAAAAAAUUCGUCACGCGCUACAUACCCGUCGUCUGGUCGUUCCUGCAAGCCUGCGUCUCGCUAGGCUGCCUUUUCCUGGUCUUCCUCUUCUUUUACCCCCAAUGCCUCGACUCAAGUGAGCUGCAGGUGGAGGCGCUUAACCUCACACUUCAGCAGCAUCUUGUUGGCCAGGACAUUGCCAUAAAUCGGACAGUGACUGCCAUAGCACGCUAUUUGAAUAGCAGUGAAUCUGCAGCAUCAUUUCCACUUGUGCUUGUGUACGUUGGCUGCUCCGGGUGUGGAAAGACGUAUGCACUGUCGCUAAUUGCGAAGCACUAUCCACAUACUGAGACUCUGGUUGCAUCACACAAGAUAGCACUUACACGCAAAACAGGGAACGACCUGUUACACUGGCUGCGGUACUCCUUGUCAUCGUGGCGGCCAAACGUUAUUGUCAUCGAUGAUGUCGACCUUGGGCUUGACACAGUUCGGCCUAGUCUGCUGGAUGAUUCAUUCAGCACACAACUGGAGGCUGUUCUUUCAACUUGGGAGAAGGCAAGAGUGCAGAGAGGUCAAGCAGUGAUCUUCGUUAUGUCACUGAGUGGUGGAGGUAAUGUGGCAGAGGGUUUUGCGUUGAAGCAGAUUGCUGAUGUGCACAAGCGGGAAACUGCAGAAGACAUUGAAAAGCUUAUUGAGGCGUACCGAGACAUGUUUCCGCCGUGGUUAAAAAAUGCAGAAAUUGUGCCUUUCCUGCCCCUGACCAAGGGUGAUGUAAAAGAAUGCGUACUGAGGCAACUGGCAGAGCAAACACUAAAAUCCCGAGCCAAAGUACUGGCACUCUCUGGUGGUGUUGACAGUCUAUUGCAAGCAUUUACAUUUUACCCUGUGGACAACCCUGUCUUCUCAAAAUCCGGCUGCAAGGAAGUGCCUAUCAAGAUUGCACUGGGUGAACUCUGAAAACUUGACUGUAGCAAGAAUGCUAUGCUGUCAGUGACUGAUAUGAACUGUGAAUGUGCUCAAGGAAAUGCUUGGUGGCAAGCACAAAUAUCUGAUCUUUAUGAUGUGGCAGCAGUGCAAGUUAUUGCAUUGUGAGCAUUGUUGACUGUGAUAAGUGAAAACGGUUGUAGUAGGCUAAAGGUGUGCCUAUAUUGACGGUGCCAGUUAAAGCACUACUUUUAUUUCUAUUAUCUUGGUCGUACAAUACGUUUUGCACUGCAGAUUAGAGUGCAAAUCCUUACUGGAAACAUUUUUUAUGCGGAAGUUGAAUUUUACUCAUUCUUUUUUUUUCUCCAUAUAGACUUAGUAUGUACCAAAAACAAAUUUUAUGCGUGAUCGUUUAUUAAUAAAUUGCUCUGUACACUGGGCAACAAAUCAAAUGUGAGAAUAGGGUCUUUGGAACACUGUGUCAUAUGUUGUACUCGGAGA